AUGGGUGAGAUCAAAGCUAGACGCAUGAUCCUCCUCUCUAUCAUAUUCCUCUUCUUCUUCUUUUCCGAGACAAUUUUUGUGUGUUCAGCUAACGAGCAUGGGUCAAGAAAUCUUGCAGUGGUGAUGAAGCAAAGGGUGAGAAACAGAGGGUCUCCUAAUUCUAACACAACGUCCGCAGCUUCAACUAUGAUGUUACCAAGCUCCUUCCAUGUGGGUGCUGCUUCCUCCUUCCUCCUCGCUCUUCUUUUUAUAGUUUCUGUUUGUGACUCAGUUCGAGCCGAGAAAGCGGCGGAGUGCGAUUACGGCGGGGACGAGGAUGACGAAAGCGAUGAGCACGAUCUUGAUGAGUCCACGGUAUCGAAGUUGCUUGCUUUGAGCAGUGGCAGCUUUGCGACGAGCGGCGUCCAUGGCGGCAUAGCGGCGAACGAUGGAGGCGGGACGGCGACCCAUUGUUAG